UUCGAACGAACUCUCUCAAAGUCGCCAUUUUUGUCCUGCCUCUCCGGUGUACGUCAAGCCUUUCUUUCUGGAAUUGCCUAGGGUUUUUCAAAUGUGAAUUCCUGUUGAAAAAGUGAAAACUGGCCGGCAAAAAGUCCUCUAAACGGAAGUCUACAUUGGGGAGCAGUGUUUGGCGAUAGCUGACGGUUCGAGCGCGGCUAGUGCGGAGCGUUUAAUUGGUUUGGAAAGUUGAUUUUUUUUUCUUCCGUCCCAACCGAUUGGAGAGUGGGUGACGAAGAGAAGAAAAAAAAAUCGAGUGUUUAUUAAGCGCAAGCGAUGGUGGCCGACAGCAGCGGCUAAGCGCGGACGGCAGCCAGCUCCAGCAUUUCCUGUGAGAAGCAUCUCUGUGACUGUGGCUGUGGAUUACGAAGCACGACAACAAUGAGCGAUUCUGAGGAUGAAAUUCUAGCCGGGAGGAACAGCAAUGGCCGGCGACUGAGACGUAGGAUGGGUGCACGCAACGCAGUUGUCAGAUCCGGUGCACGAUUACGGGAUGGUAGCAGCGAAUCGGCGGAAAGUAACGGAAGCGAUAGCGGCAGCGAAAUAGAGCAGCCUGUGCGAAAAAGGAAAACCAACAAGGCGAUGGUGGAGGAGGAUGAUGAAGCAGGACCAAGCGGAUUACAACAGCAGCAGCCCGCCGUCGUGGACAGUUCCGAGUGGGAAUCGGACUGGAACAGCGCCGAGGAGGAACAGAUGCUCAUAGACGGGGGCCAGAAGGCGGCGGUAGUUCUCGCCAACAAGCUUGGCUACGCGUCGGACUCUUCCAGCAGCAGUAGCGACAGCGAAAAGUGCCCUAUAUGUUUGCUUUCGCUCAACGACCAGGAGAUUGGAGUGCCGGAGGUCUGCGAGCAUAUCUUCUGUGCGCCCUGCAUCGAAGAAUGGUCCAAGAACGUAACGACCUGUCCAAUCGAUCGCAAAAACUUUGACGUGAUCAACAUCUACAAAGACGUGGAUCGGAAGCAUUUGCUGCGUAAAAACCAGGUACAGAAGAAAGCCGCUUCGGACGUUCCAGCGCUAGAGGAUCAUGAAUUGACUUACUGCGAAGUUUGUCGUAGACCGGAUCGCGAGGAGACAAUGUUGUUGUGCGAUUCAUGCAAUCUGGGUUAUCACAUGGAAUGUUUAAGUCCUCCACUGGAGGAAAUUCCCACCGGGUCUUGGUAUUGUGAUUGCUGCUUUGCGUCCGGUUCCGAGGAGGAUGACAAUGAAGUACAAGAUCUGUUGAAUGACCUUGAUGAAAUGGGGGGAAUGCGACCUACACGAAUGCGUCAGCGCAUGAGCAGUCCGCCGAGAAUUGUCCGCACCCGACAAAGCGAGCGAAUUCGCGAGGCAAUCCUAACGCGCACAUCAACCCGUGUUCGGCUCAAUGUUGUCGAAAAUCCCAAUCAACCUGGACCGUCGUCCAGGAGGGCGGCCGAUGCUUCUACUUCAGCCAUUCCGGCGAGGGCGAGAGCAGUACGGAAGCAUCGGAAGCGUCGUACUCGACGAAAGAUUCUGCGUAUGAUCAUAUCUGAAUACGAUGUGGAUAAUGACAACGAAAAGUUUGCUAUUAAGCGCAAAAAGAUCUACAAAACCCUCAAAAGAUUGAGCAAGAAACGAUCAGCUCGUAAGCGAACUAGGAAGAGUAAAAAUCCCGAAUUGACGCCUGGCUUGACACAAGGAGGUGCAGAUUUGCAGAGGCAACGUUUCAGUACUGGAAUCCCUUCUCUGAAACUAUUCGGAGGAGGAGAUUACGAUUUGGAAUAUUUCUCGGAUGAAGGACCAAUGGAAUCGGAUAUUUCAAUCGGUGGUCGGGGAGAAACAGCAGUUCAAAGCGUUCGCUCGACUUUCAGAAAUCCGCUCGGCCAACGCCGAGCAUUGAAGACUGGGUUUGAACCGAGUUCCAGCAGUGGACCCGUUGAUAUACUUGGCAGCAUUAUGGAAAGUCAGCAGCGCUGGCAUUCUAAACAGGGGUUGAAAGAUGUCAAAAUUGAUAAUGGCAAAAUUGUGUUUCAAAACGAUAGCCCACGGAAAGCAUGCAAUCCACCACCAGGUGCGAACCAAGCCGGAGUAGGACAGAACACCCAAAACAACGUCAGUCUUUCAAAUUCAAGUGCUGGUGCGGCAGACUCGACAAGCUCCGAUCGUGGCACCAGCAACAACCAAUCGGAUACUUCAUUCGGUAGAGUAGGUUCUGGUUCUGCCGUAGGAGGGAGUGGAUCUGGUGGGCAGAAUAAUGACGAUAGCGUGCCGGAUCCUUCUGACAUGUCCAUUUUCGUAGACCUCCCGCCACCGAAGAAUUCCCGUGACGACGAAGAGGAAAAGAAAAAGAAGAAAGCUGAGGUGGAUAUGUUCGACAGCAAAAGCCCAAUACCACUGCCAUCAGCACCAAGUUCAACAAAUCCGGCUCCAGAGAGCACCACCUCUGACGACGCUCUUGGUCCAGGCACUUCAAAAGGCUUCGGAAAAUUUAAGUUCACAAUGACCGCAGAAUCGAACAAUUGUCCCAAUUUCUCCGUUUAUUCUUCGGAAACACUACAGUACGCAAAAACAGGCGGAGAAGAACCAUACGAUCCACUUGAUAGCGAACAGAAAACCGACGAUGAGUAUGAAGAACGAGACGAGGAUUUAGUUCAAUUGGAUGACGAAGAGCCAGUGGUACCGAAACCAACAGUUUCGGCUGAUGAUAAUGAUCAGGAAAAUAUUCCAAACGGCACAGACAAACUACCCACUGGAGAACUCGAUCAUGAUGCAUUCGAGUCGGACUCCGAUGAUGAACUGAAAAAGAUUGAAGAAACUGACACUUCUGUCGGUCCCGAACCUCAGCCCACCAACGAAAUGGAAGCUCUGACACCACCGCUUACUACGACCGUUGCUGCUGCACUUGCAUCUUCCGUAGCUGCAGUCACCACCAUGGCGGGCUCCCAACUGGGGACGGUGGUUUACGGUGAAGCGAGCACUACUACAACCCCGGCUAUCACCUCGACUGCUGCCGCCAACUCUGCACAAGGGGAGGAGGAUCGAAGCUACACUCCGUGUCUAGACGAAAAAUAUCAGGAAGCUCGUCGUGAGCAGGACAGAAGUGGAAUGACUCCAACGCUGCCGCCCCCAUCAAAAGAGGGUAUUGAUGGCAUGGAUACCGAACUGAUCUCCGAGGAAGACGAAGACACGUUUAAGGAAGACGAAGCGAGACCGUCAUCGUCUGCAGCGAAGCCGUCGUCAUCGGGAACGAAGAAGAAAGAUCUCACCUUCAAGAAGGUGAACAAGAAGGGUAAAGAACGUAACUAUCGCGAUAAAGAGCACAAGCGGAAGGAUCGCAACGAGGAUAAGGAAAACGAAAGUCGUCGGUCCCGUGAACGUGAGCGUCCGCGUCGACCAAAGCGAAAGGAGCUGCAGCGAUACGACGUUCGGACCGUGAUAGCCGAAAAACGACCAAAAGUCUACAAGGAUCCAUUUGGUAGAGAUGUGACGCCAAAGCCACGCUCCAAAACCCGCAGUCGUAGUCGCAGUCGCAGUCGAACCCGUGAACGCAGUCCCGAACGCAGACGAGAACUGUCAAUUUCGUUGAGUCCAGAACCGCCACGACGUUUUAACAGAAGACGAUCUUUUUCUCCCAGAUUCAGGGCAAGAAAUAGAACACCACCACAAUUCCGUAGAAAUGUCUCCAGGUCCCCAUCGAGAGGGCCCAGAAUACGGUCGAUCAGUAGGUCACGCUCGCGAUCGCCGGUAAAUGCGCGAACGCGUCCACUAUCCAGAUCUAUAUCUCGAUCGUUCACGCCUCGUGCUCGAAUUCCCAGGUCUCUCACAAGAUCCCCGAAAUCGCGAUCGCCGGAAAUUCGUGGCGCAAAAGCAAAGAAACCCAAGAAAAAGAAACGUCCCACUUCGAUAAGUCGAAGUGCCAGUCCGAGUGAGGGACGAGGCAGAAAGAAAACCAAAAAGGGACGCAAGAAAAAGAACAAGCAUCGCGGUACAUCACCAAACAAAAAGAAGAAAAAUAGAAGGAGAUCUUCUUCACCAAUGAUGUCACGUUCUCGCUCAAGAUCACCCUCGGCUCUUCCUGUUCCAACGACUGGAGUUCUAACGGAACGCUUCACCAAGGUUCGCCAGCAGAAUUCUUGGACGCCCCCACCGCCUGCCCGGCCAAAAACAAACGGAACAAAUUUGACGGUUAUUCUAACUAACGAAGAAGCGCUCGCUAAACAAGCGAAGGAUCGCGAGCGUAAACGGAAAGAGGCAAGACGCCGCGAUAGAGCGCGAGACAAAAAUUUACCCUCAAAGGAAGUAUUUACAUCAGGUGAUAAUAUAUUAGUUAGUGUUAGUUUUAAUGACAAAAAUUUGAAUAAGGAGAACCAGGAGGUCGCAGAUGGGGAAGCGCAGAAGAGAUUAAAAGACAUGGCGAAAAAGCGGGCGGAGGCGGAAAAGGCAAAACGCAGGCGACUGGAACGCCUUAAGAAGACUCGCGGUGAAGCUCCGAAACCGGUAGUCAUAAUCGACCUGGAUCGUUCGCCGUUCCGUGUUCUAACACCUUCCCCGCGGGCCGUUAUUGUGCUCAGCGACAGCGACGGUGAGAAAGACAAAGAUCGCAGAGAAGCUGAAGCGAAUCGAGUUAGCGCUGUCAAUACUCAACAAGCUAGUGCUGAUUCCGGAGCAGUUGGAUCGGCUUCCUCCCAGCGCAAAUCACCUCUCGAACGACAUGAAGAAGACAUGUUUGGUCCUAAAACUCCUCCUGGUUUUCCCAGCCAACCACAGCCCUCGCAAAACAAGUCUCAGGCGCCAAAGUUCACGAUGCAAGUGAAAUCGAAGCAAUCGAAUAUUCGUCCUACGAAUCUGCUGUACGAACCGGGCGAGUUGGACGAAGGCAAAACACCCGAACGGAUGGAUAAUGCCGAAAGUUCCAGUAUGAACUACAACAUGGUUGGUCCGAAUACACCACCGGAACCGGCUCCACAGUCACCAUCCCCUGAUGUUUACGAUCCUUUUGAACCAACGAAAUCACCUUCCCCUUCACCAUCGCGGCGAGAUAACGCAUCGAUUGAGCGUUUAUCCGAUCUGGACGAUGCGGUACUUCCAUCUAGUAGUGGCAAAGUGGACGGACCAGACUCGGGCACAAGUGGUGAUCCCAAGGUGGAUUCGCAAAACCAAGAUGAAUUAGUAAAUGGAGAAACGGAACCUCCCCGCGCUAACAAGAUCACAAUCUUGAGCAACAUAGUCAUCAGUCAACCAACCAACAGUAACCAGGGAGUGGUGAGUGGCUCGGGCGUUUCCGCCAGUCAGAACACUAACGGGGACGAUUCGGAUGUCAUUUUUGACGAUUUCGUCUCCUCUUCGGCUCCGGCGCCGAGCAACAAUAUUGGCUACAGCACUUCCUCCUCGAACCCUAUCAAGUCUUACAGUACGGCUGCGAACUCGUCCAGUUUGAUCUCGAAACUACCACUGCCACCGGGAGCCAACGCCGGACAGAAGUUCAAUGACUUCAUAAACCCAACCGAUUCGCCCUACUCACCGGGUGCGAGCGAUUUUGAUGACCUGUUCGAACCGGGCGGUGGAGGAGAUAUGGAUUCGCCGCCAGCUCCACCCGUCAAGCAGUCAUACAAGCCCACGAAAAUAAACCCCAAGGGGGGAAAGAAGACAUUUGAUAAUUUGUUCGGUAGCUCGCCGAAUAACAACUUCAAACGCGGGAAGAAAGCAUCGCACAAGAAGAGAGCCAAACCUAAAGUAGGGGACGAUGACGAGGAUCUUUCAAAAUUAUCCACGAAGGAAAGGUUCAUGAGGAAACUCAAUCGGUUGGAAAGAGUAGUGGAAGAGGUCAAACUUGUUAUUAAACCCUUCUACAACAAGAAACAGAUCAACAAGGAAGAAUACAAAGAUAUCUUAAGACGUGCUGUUCCGAAGAUUUGCCACAGCAGAACUGGCGAGAUCAAUCCGAUCAAGAUCCAAAAGCUGAUCAAAGCGUAUGUGCGCAAGGUGCGCGCGAGGCGACGUGGCACAAAGAAAGGCAAUCUUGGCGGAGCUGCCACAAUCAAUGCACCCGGUACCAACAGCAAUCCACUAGUGAUCUAAUUGCGUGAUCCUCAUGAUUGCAUGAGACAGAAAUGGCAAACACACACACACACGCAUCCUUUCCCGUGGAACAUAUUUGGGUGUGGGCUGGUUUGAUUCCCUUUUCUAUCGUGUUUCAUACCACCAUUUUAAGGUAGGUGACUAAAGUAAAUACGCGCAUGAGAAGCUUUCUCAUGAAUUACGUAUAACUUUAGCGUGGAAUCAAUAUGGUAUAAACUUUCUUUCCAGUUUCAAUUAUUAUUGUCAAAUGCUGAUGAGUGAAAAGCUUUUGAUAGUAACAGUAAUUUUGGUUAAGAAGAUCGACAAAAAUGGGAUAUUGAAAUUAACAAAAGUGUAAGCAUAUUCUACGGGCGGAAACGCAACGAAUUCCUUACCGAGUGGAACGAACCGUUUCGUUGCUAGCAUUAAAUCACAAUAGGCUCGCGAAAAGAUGCAUCAAUUUAACUCAUAAUUGUGGUAGAAAGUUUCUACACAGAAAAGUCUAUUAGAAAAAAGGGUAUUUAUAGUAAUUAUCAUGAUAAAAUAUUUAUUGAAUAUACACAAUUAUUAGAGCUAAAGUAAGUUAAUUAGAUUGUGCUAAUUGUAGAGACUAAUCUCUAAGAUAAAUUAUCAGUGUAAAGUUUGUCCAACCUACAAUCUAACUAUUGACGACACAACAUUCGAGAAUUGAUGCUUUCUCCGCUGUCAAACAACACACACUUGGGCUUACUGGUGGAUGAGCAAGCCCAAUUCCCUGGAUUUAACGUACUCUUUCUGAAACAAUCUGUGCAAAUAUAGAUCUUUUACAAGCUUACAUAUAGUUCAAAAUGCAAUGAACCUAUUUUUUUCUUAACGAACUCCGAGCAGUUGUGCUCGGUGAGACGGGAUUUGGAAUUAUAUGGUAUAUACUGCUGAGCGUGAUUGUACUGAUUGUUGGUCCUGUUAAAUUACUGAACUGCAAUUCAAAUCAUGGAAAAUAAUAAUACAUUGUGAGUUUGCGCAUGUGGGUCGAGAAAUAUUCUAUCUAUAGUAGUAAAAUAACAAUCUGAAAAAAAUAGAAAUGCACCGAGCAUUGAUUGCUAGGUUCACUAAAUGUAGAAACACAAUUCAUUUGGAUAAAGUAAGUAAUUUGAGUUAUUUUAAAUUUGUAGUACUUCGCCUACAAGAAUCAUAUGAAUACAAUUGAUACAGACAAAAAGCUAAUAAAAAUAAUUAGUUUAAGAAA